ACUUUAAGUGACAGCUCAGAGUGUGUGAGUGUGCAUGGCUGUGAGCAGCGCCGAUACAAGAAAGUGCGGAAACACCGAAGACAAAGCAUGCGAGAAGUUUCAACCUGCCUCUGUUCACUUGCUGAGGAAUGACAAUGGAACUAAACACACCACGACGCUUUGAUUCCCGGGCAAGAAAUAUGAAAAGAAAUUCCAUGCAGACCUAAAGCGCAAUAUCUACAGAAAUGCAGUUUGAAACGUGCGUAAACUCGCAAGGACGCACAUAAAGCAUUUUUUUAUUACUUCAAAAAAAAAAAUGUGCCCAGAAAACAAUAACACGGUAGUCACUACCCCGGCAGUCACCAGCGGGACCAGAGUACCAGCCAUCCCGAUCAUCAUGUUCAUAUUCGGCGUGGUUGGUAAUGUCAUCGCCAUCGUGGUGCUUCGCAAGUCAAGAAAGGAGAAGAAAGAGACGACCUUUUACACUCUGGUGUGUGGGCUCGCUGUCACCGACCUGCUCGGCACUCUGCUGGCGAGCCCCGUGACUAUCGCGACAUAUGUGAAGGGAAAGUGGCCCGGUGGAGACGGUGGAGACCCGCUGUGCCAGUACUCAGGCUUCAUCCUGCUCUUUUUCUCCUUGGCCGGGCUUGGAAUCAUCUGUGCCAUGUCCAUAGAGAGGUAUCUUGCAAUCAACCACGCGUACUUCUACAGUCACUACGUGGAUCAGCGACUCGCCGCCAUCACGCUGUUGGGCAUCUACUUGUCCAACAUUCUGUUUUGUGCGCUCCCAACCAUGGGACUCGGACAGGUCAAACUCCAGUACCCAAACACCUGGUGCUUCAUUGACUGGCGGACUAAUGACUCGACGCACGCCGUCUUCUCCUAUAUGUAUGCCGGCUUCAGCUCGUUGCUCAUUCUGGCUACAGUGAUCUGUAACUUUAUGGUGUGCGGAGCGCUGAUUAUGAUGCACAGGCGCUUUGUGCGAAGGACUUCUCUCGGUACCGAUCAUGGGCGCAUCGCGGAGCUCCGGCGCAGACGAAGUUUCGGGCGCCUGGCAGGGGUUGAGAUGCAGAUGGUAGUUCUGCUCAUCGCGACGUCCGUAGUUGUCCUCAUUUGUUCCAUACCUUUAGUGGUGCGUGUGUUUGUCAACCAGCUGUACCGGCCGCCCGUGGAGAUGUGCAAAGACAAGAACCCCGAUCUUCAAGCCAUCCGCAUCGCCUCGGUCAACCCCAUCCUGGACCCCUGGAUCUACAUCCUCCUCAGCAAGACCGUCCUGCUUAAGCUGCUGGACAAGAUCAAGUGCCUGUUCUGCCGCAUCGGUCGCCGCAGCAACGGACACGGGCACGGUCCCAGGAGGCCGCAGGACUUCCGCUGCACUAGCGCGGGGCCCACGUCCUCGGUGGUGUCCCACGACUCGCCCUCACUCGUCUCGAGGGAACUCCGCGACAUGGUCAGCACCUCACAGACAUACUUGUGCCCGUCGGAUGGGGUGGCGCUGACGGGGGGCACGAGUCCCCCCACGGUUGAGCGGAUGCUGCUGGGGGGGCAGACCAGCUUGCUCAGCUGCCCCAGACUGGGGCAAGAGAACAGGACACAGGGCACAGGGGUGGGCCUCACUCAGACUGAACAGCUGGCCUUCUGCCCCAAACAGCCCCCCCUACAGGUGACUUUUACUGAUGAGACACUCAACCUGCAGGAGAGGAGCAUAUGAGAUGCGCACGCGUAUGUGUGUGUGUGUGUGUGUGUGUGUGUGUGUGUGUGUGUGUGUGUUUGGGAGAGGAGGGGUCCUGAAGGAUGUUGGGAGGUGAUAGUGGGAGCCUACGCUUUUUGUUUCAUGAACAAAUAUAAAUAUCUGCUGUCGCGAGAGAGAGAGACAGAGAGAGAAAGACAGAGUGUGUGUGUGUGUGUGUGUGUGUGUGUGUGUGUGUGUGUGUGUGCAGAGGAAAAUGGAAAGUCAUUGACAGUGGGGAAACCCUGAAUGUACAACAAAGCCCAGGAGUCUGCUGCCACACAUUUGAAGGCGACCUUUGACCUUUGUGGAGGCGAGAUGGACGCAAACGAUUGCCAUGGGAAACUACGCCAGAUAGACUGAGCAGGAAAAGGAACCACAUCAAGAGCCAAACAUGAGUGGAGGAAAUCUGGACUUUAAUCACAAAUUCACAAGAAAGACAAAGACGGAUUUCAAACAAAUGUUCCUGGCUGACUGCUAAGAGAUCCGUUAUCUGUCGCUGAAAGUCAGUAAAGUAUUAAGCUAUUGAGGUUUGCUGACUAAUGGUGGCCUGAUUAAUGCAGGAGAGGACAGAUCACAAUGAAGUUUGAUGUCAUGUCAGAUUGUUUGUUGUUGUUAUUGUUUUUAUUUCCUCUUGUGUUCUGUGGUUUGUUUGUUUGUUCGGCUCUAGCCAAAGCAGUGAAGUGGCGUGUUAAUGAAUCAUCGGCGGCCCUGCUGUAGAUUCAGUGCUGGUGAGGGCCGGAGCGCAUUUGUCAAACUGAUACUGCUGACUCAACAACCUCUCACUGACAUCAACACAUGCAGGACAGAGCUGAAUUUCCAAUAAAGACAAAGAGUCUGACAGAAAAGCACAUGUUGAAACUACGCAUUGCCACACACAUGAAGCUCAGAGACAGCACGCCCGUGUUCCCAGGAACCGAGUCAUUCUGCAGAGACACUGAAAGGGACCGAUAUAUUUACUGCACUUUUGCAUCUUUUUCUUAAGGGCCUUUGGUCUAAGCCAGACCCACUGAUCAAGUGACCAGGUGUACUUAAUGAACGUCCUUAAGAGAUAGCUUGUACAUAUAGCCAUGUUGCUGAAAAUGUGAAGUGUUUAGUGCAAUGGUCUUAUUUAUUUAUGAAUGUAAAACAAAAUUCUUCUCUGUGAGAAGGUCUGAUUAAUUGUGCUGGUUUCAGAAAGCUAUUAAGAAAUCAUUUGGAUAUUAUAUAUAAAAAAAAAAGAUAAAGUUACUCAGUCUUGCAUAGUUUGGGUCAUUGAAAUUAUGUCAUAUCACUCAACAGCAACUGAAACUCACACUGGUUGUUCAUCAGAGUAACGCGAACAUUAAUGUGAACGUGAGCGAACAUUGAUGUGAACGAGAAUGAACAUUAAUGUGAACGUGAGUGAACAUUAAUGUGAAAGAUAUUUCCACUGGGUAAAGAAAGGGAAUGUAGGUGGCACAUAAGCUGGGUCAGACUUCUGCAUUCUGCAUUCUACAGUGUUAACUGUACUGGCCUUCUACUAGUGACUGAAGCCACUUUAUUCUACGUUGUGAGUGUAACAGGUAAUUUAGUUGUUUGUUAUCCAAUGAUUGCUGCUUUUGCCAUUCUACAUGUUGAUUAUUGAAUCAUGUUGCAAUUUUCCUCCAACUGAAUUGAAAUCGCCACUUGUUUUUGGGGAAAAAUAAACCUUAA